AAAACCACCUUUUGUUCAUUAUCAAUUCUGAGCCGUAAGUUUUGUCACAAUAGAUUUCUUGCUUGAACUGUCCAUAUAUAACACCUAUUAUUUCAAACACAGCAUUUAGGACACGACCAGAGAGAGCAUUAUGAAUAGCUGUUGUCUUGACACAGGGAUUCACGUAUUAUUCAGUUCGAUAGCUUCUAGGUUUGGGUCUAAAUAUGGUCAAAAUAUGAGAAUUAGUAUGAGAGAUAGGAGCAAAAAUAGAAAGCCGUUGCAGAAGGGGAGGAACUUAAGUAUUGAAGCAAUUCAAGCUGUUCAGGCAUUGAAGAGGGUGGCAAACAAAAACGAUGACGUGGCGGUGGAAAUGGUGUUUAAUGGUAAGGUUAAGCGUUUGCUUAAGAGUGAUAUGAUAGCUGUUCUACGUGAACUCCUUCGACAGAAUCAGUGCCCCUUAGCUCUCAAGGUUUUCGAGGAAGUUCAGCAGGAGAUAUCGUAUAGGCCGCGACUCAAACUGUAUGCUGAAAUGGUGUCCUGUUUGGGAAGCAAUGGAUUGCUUGAAGAUAUCAACUGUCUUAUCAUGGGAUUGAAAAUGGAAAGUAGUUUAGAACCUGACGCUGAGGGCUUUUACGCAUUGUUGGAAAGCUUAAUGAAAUUUAAUCUUACGAGGCUUGCACUAGAAGUCUUUUACUUGAUGAAGUUGAGAGGAUGUGAUCCCGAUAAGUUGACCUUUAAACUUUUGAUAAAUGGUUUGAAAUCGAAUGAAGAAACGGAUCUUUCAGCUUUUGUAAGGCAGGAAGCAGAGAAGUAUUAUGGUCAGUCCCCAGAUUUCCUAGAUGAGACUGAAGAGGAGGUACCAAGACUAAAGCAAAUGUAUUCAACCAUUUAAUCUGUGGUCAAUAUAUGAUAUGAUGAAAAGGCUAUUUGAUUAUU